UUACGCUGAGUACAGUUUCGUGUAUUCGUGGGCCCUAUUUUGGGGUGUGCGGCCCUGGAAUCGCUGCGCAUGCCACGCAUGUCCGUUAUAACUUUCAAUUUCUUUCAACAAAAUUCACAUGACAUUGCACGUUUGUUAUUACGUUUUAUCGUUUUUUGUUUGUGUUUAAAUAAAUAAAAGUACAAAAACAAUGACCUUUGGCUAUUAUGAGCGGGCCCGAUGUGGAUGAGGUGCUAAACUACUUGUCGAUAAAAUUCAACAAAAUCUUCUGUGAUCGGGAGUUCGUGUGUUGUGUAAUUGAAGACUUCCAGGCAGUUUUGGGGAAUAAGGCCCGAAUUUGUGUCCUCGUCUUCCCAACGUUGGGGCCAAUCUACCUUAAAGCGCUUCGCUACCAAGCGAGGAUUUUCGACUUGGCUGUCUUUAAUAUAACUUCGGCCUCCGGCAAGUUCAGGUCGCUUGCAGUAUGCCAUAAGGACCAUUUAAAGAAGCAAAGCAAAGAAGAAGCAAUGCCAGAAUCAUCCAAACGCAAACGUCCAGAACGCCAGCUCUACGUACCCCCAGCACAGAGGGGGGCCCGCAAAAGUGACAAAAAAGUGACCGAACCCGUUCCCAAACCGAGUGCAAUCAGUGACGAGUGUUUGCUAAAUCUGAGUGAUGUGCUUUUGCUGUAUUUUUUUAACCCCAUUUUGUGCAAUUUUCGACACUUGUCAAAAUCCCAUUACCAACAUACGAACUGCCAGUUCAGAAAACUACUAAAUUUUCAAAAAUUUGCCGCCUUCAGGUAUCACAACUUCAUCAAAAUUUACCAACUGGUUCUGAGCGACGUCUAUUGGGAUUUGAACCAGUUCCAGGUCAUAAAACCGGGGUUUUAUUUUCAAACUUGCCCAGUUUAUGAUUUUGAAAACCUUCAAACCGUGGCUGAAAAACCUUCAGCCGUUUUAGUCGAUCAAGAAGUGAGCGAUUUUGCACAAGUCGUGAACGGAUUGCCUGAAUUUGAAAAUAGUCUAUACAGAAUAGAGUGUGAUAAUGUUUGUGAUUCUGAAAAUUGCAUAGUUGAUUUAUCAGUGAUAGGAUUAGGACAUUUCUUCAUUAUUUCGAUGGAAAAUAGUGAUUAUUUUUACGAGUGCCAAGAGCAACACGACCCAUCUAUUUGCUGUGCAAAUGUUCGAAACCAGUUAGCAACUAGUAAAAAAUUAGAGAGAUUACAUAUUAGUGCAAUAAAGAGCGAAAAUGAAACGAAUAAAAACGGAACACCAAAAAGCAACAAAGACGUUAUCAAAAAUCAAAUAAACAUGAAUAAGAAAAAAGUGUCGGAUAACACCCACGAACAGGAGAAGGAGAUAAUGCGAAUGACUAAGGAAUACAUCAAUCGGAAGACUCGGCCUAUUAUGAAAUAUGUGGACGAUUCUAACGACACGUUACGCAUUGAUAAGAGCGACAGUGUCAAUAACUGGGAGGACCUCUUUGAUGACAACGGCCAGAUUCAGGAAGAAUUACUGACUGAAAUCGUUGAUAAGGUCGGCGAUGAUAUAACAAUAGUGAAAGCCAGCGAAGACUACACGGCUUACACAAACAAGCCCCCGGAAGAGCUGGAGCACGUAGUUGAACUUUACAACUUUCCUCCAACCCUCGAAACCCACGAUUUGGUCCAAGCUUUCAGCGAGAUUAACAGCGAUGCCAUGUACAUAAAAUGGGUCGACGAUACUCAUGCUUUGCUUGUUUUAGGCUCUCUUAGCCAAGCUCAAAAAGCGGUGAGUAUGCGGAACCCCCUGAUCAAAGUUCGUCCAAUGACCGCAGCGAGCGCUAUAUCCAUGGAUGUGGCCAACAAGUCGGAUUUAAAACCGGCGAUGAAACGUCCACCGACUAAUUUGCAGACUGCGAGGAGAUUAAUCACUUCUCAUUUAGGUACCAAAAGUAAAUUAACGAAAGAACAGAUCGCGAAAGAAAAACAGGAUUUGAAAAACGCCAGAGAAAUGAAACGGAUGCUCAAACAAAACGAAAAAGACGCCUGGGAGGGCAAUCUGCGAUCGUCAGUCAACUAGGUUAAGUUUUGUGAUUUGUGCCUUAAAUGUGUACCUAGAGUCAAAUUUAUAGUCAUUUUUUGUAGUUUUUACAAGUUUUUGGUUACCAAGAUACGUAGGUAAUGUUUUAUUUAUUGUUUUGUACUCUUUUUUUGCUUCCUGUGGAAUAAGAGAAGUUUGAGGAAGUGACCUUAAUAUUUUAUUUUGUGAUAUUCAACAUUUUAGAAAAAUAUUCUCUACAUUUGCGAACAUCUCAGGAUCGAUCAUAAUUUGGUUAUGUGUUCUUUGAAACUGAAUAUAUUUUAUUUACUCUUAA